UCCCGCAUUCUCUUGACACUAGCACACCCGAGCAACGGUUUCCUUUUAUACAACACCUGCUGCGUUCUCCUUACAACACUGGGCCAAUGUCUAGUAAUUCGCUCGACGGUUAUACAGUAAGUGGGCCACGGCAUGAGGAAAAGUGCAGUAUUACUGAGCACCCCCGGGUGUUGCAAUGACUGAGGCAGGGGCUUGCUGCAUUUGUAAUGCGCCUUUUCACCUUGCAAAAAACAACACUGAUAACCCCUGCUGUAGCUGAGCAUGACCGACCGAAGCGCGUCGUUCGAGCGGGCACUGACAAUCAUGCAGAACGAGUGGCGCCGGUUCGAGCUGGAGCGGGUAGACUGGGACGUGGAGCGCAUAAAGCUCAAGGCGCAGCUCAGCGAGACAGAGAAGCGCGUCGCACAGCUCACCUCGCUCUAUAACAUCUCGCUCAAGCACAUCUCGGUGCUGGAGGGUCUGCUGCGCGAUGCCAAGCAGAGCAGCAAGCAGGCCGACAACCCUACCACGUCAUCGGCGAAGACCGGGAAAUCAGCGACAUCGGUUAAUUCAGCAGGCUCAUCGGUCUCAUCAUCAUCAGGAGCCUCGGUCGAGGAGGUUGUGACCAUGACCCGCACGCGGCGUGAGAAGAGCCGCGAGAUGCUGUCACAGUGCCUAGGCCAGAUCGACGUGCUGCUGGGAACCAGUACGCGGGAGAACGGCACGGGUCUAACACCGCCGUUCCCUAUAAGCGACGUACUGGAUCCGAAGACGCCGUCGCCGGUGAUAUCGCUGCGGCGAACGCAGUCGCCAGAUAGCAAACAGAAGGACCGCCCAGGACAGCCACCGCAGCAGCCUACACCGUCGCAGCGCCUGCAGAACCAGGAGCAGACAGGUAGUGUUGCCAAUGGGAAAGUCGCCACUGACAAGCCCGCAGAAAAGCCCACAGAAAAACCCGCAGAAAAGCCAGGGUCGACGUUUGAAAGUGCCAGCGACCCAAAGUUCACCGUGGGCUACUGGCCAAGGCCCAGCAGCCGGGGCGGCGUGCGCAUCAACGAGCAUGAGCGGGCACGGCGGCUAUCGCAGCCGCCGCCAAUAAUCACAAUGUCAGAGAUUCAGUCGGAACGGCCCAGCAAAAAGACGGCUUCGCACAGCGACUCGGAAAGCACGGCUGCCUCCGUUGACUCGACAAGAGCGGGCACUGCCCCGCCCGUACCUGUGAAGCCGGCAGCACUGAAGGCAGUUGCCAGGCCAGCGAGGAGGAUGCCCGACGAGCAGCCACUACAUGUACUGGAACAGCGGGCACCGCUGCAGAGCAGCGAGUUGCUAGCCGACGUCGACAACGCCCUUCGCAAUCUGACAGUGGAUGAGGUCGACUCAGGGCUGGUGCGAGCGGUGCACUACGAGGUCAGCAAAUCGUUCAUUGGCCACGUCGACCUGGUGCGUGCACUGACCGUGCGCCAGACACUGUCUGAUGGCCCGCAAAUGUUGAGCGGCGGCGACGACGGACUGGUGAUUCUGUGGGAUGUGGACCGCAGCGAGCGGCGAAGGUCCAGGAGACGGCCUGUGUCUGACGUCAUGCCCUCCAGUGUCUACCGCGGGCAUCUGGCUGCCGUAACUAGUGUGGCAUUCUCGGAGGGCCACGACUAUGCGUACUCUGGCUCCCUGGACAGCACAAUCAAAGUGUGGGCCCUCCCUGAGAACAGCCAGGUCGGCGACACCGACUCCAUUCCCUGUUUCCCGGUGCGCGAGUUUAGCGAGCACACUGACGCGGUUUGGGACCUUGCAUUCGACGUGCGUCGCUCGUUGCUGGUGUCGGUGGGAGCAGACAACGCCUGCCAUGUGUGGAGCACCGAUGCAAAGCUCAAAUCUCAGCCGCUGCGGCGCACUUUGCCUGAGCUAGCAAGCACACCCACCGCGACGUGCUUUGUGAUGGAGGAUGCGAUGCAGUUUGCCGUAGCCUACGCAAACAGUGGGAUAAACGUGUACGACUCGGAGACCGGCCAGCUGGUGGCCUCGCAGCCACCGCCCCACGAGCUGCCAGUGUCAGCAAAUCUGCAGCGCCGCCAAGUCGUCACACGGAUCCGGAGCAGUACCGACCACAACAUCCUGGCAGCCAGCGUCAGCGACGGUUCAGUGCGGCUUGUUGAUACGCGCACCAUGAGGCCCACCAGCCGGUCACAGAUCCUGGCCCAUGAAGGCUAUGCAGCCACAAGCGUCGAUGUCGGCAGCAGCGCGCUGGUGACUGGUGGAUCGGAUGGGCUUGUGCGCUGGUGGGACUGGCGGAAUACCAAGUGCGCCUUUGAGGCUGCUGCCCAUCUGAGAAAGGGGCACGAGGGCGUAUGCGAUGUCGGAUUUGUCGGCCGACAGGUUGCUAGCGCGGGCAGCGACAGUUUGUUGAAGCUGUUCAAGUAAUUGCGCCAUAUAAUUUUAGCACCUUUCUCUUUCAGCUGGCUGUUUGAACGGCCUUCUAUAUUAAUAGCGAUGUUGUGACUAUAAAUGAUUUAUUUUAUGCGGCGUCCAAUGUAUAUGUUCUGGCGCAUGGUAGGCACGGC